UGCCUUUUUUACUACAAGGCAGCAACCUUCACAAGAGUUGACACAUUCUAAAAACGCGUCCAGUUGCUUGUUGCACUUUGUUCGUGCUACAUAUUUAUUUAAAAAGUGACAAAUAUUUGUUAAAUUUUAAUUUUUAUAGCAUAUUUGACCCGUGAAAAAUGAAGUCCGUCCCGUCCCUCAUAAUUGUGAAGCUUCGCGUCCACGCCAAUCUCAACCGAGACAACGGAAAGAUUUCCAGCCUGAACAAUGCCUCCAUAAUUGUCGCCACGGAUGACACGUGGAAGAACGUGAUAAAAACACAUUUUGCUGUGGACUUGGAUCCCGAAAUUUUCGCAAUUAGAAGAACUGGUCCAGCCGGGAAAGCAUAUUGUGUAACGGCCAAGGUUGCAUCCUUAGUGGCUGAGUACAAAUAUAAUGUCAAACAAUGCGUAGCUUAUAUAAUCCAGAAGGAAAAGAAGCAUAGCAAGAUGACGAAAUUUAUCAAGUCUCAUAUUUCCCCAAUUCUUUCGAUGAAGCGUGAAACCUUGAGGCGAGUACUGUUUCCGGGGGUGGAAAGUUUUGAAUCUGGUGAGAGAUUGUCGCCAAUAAAGGAAGCAUCGCCGGAAUUUUCACAAGACGAAAUGCUGACGGAGAAAAUUUAUCAGGAGAAUGACACUAAUUUUGAGACGACGUCAAACAGCAGCCAACACCGAGAGCGAAAUUUUAGGACCCAAAGUACGAACAAUUGCGACCCUUAUGGAGUCCUCGAAGUAUUACAAGCUCAGAGAGAACGGAACAGAUUACGACGGCGGAAGAGUUCUACGGACAUGUUCUUGUUCAUCUGGUUGACAGCGAUUGUGUUGCUGACCUUGACCUUGCUCGACCCAUGGAGUGGAAUUUGCAAAUAUUUUGACCAAUUCGACUUGCAUUCUGGUCACUCCAAUUUGACACAGACCAACCACGGUCGUUAUACAUAGCUUAGUUCAUUUUUAGCAAUGCGUAAUUCAACUGUAUAACUUGAAAAUUGUCAAGAAAUUUUUCGUGUUAGUUGGAUGUUUGCCUGAAAUUACAUAUUUUUAUGCUUCGUUGUGUUAUACAAUUAUAUAGUUGUAAUUUUUAAUAGUAUCCUGCAAAAGUGUGUUAAUAAAUUUUCUUAUCGGUAUA